UAUACAUAUACAUGUAGAAAAAAGAGCCAUGAGAAAAGAGAAACUUCAGUGGCUGCAUUAGAAAACAUUAUCCGCAUCUCCAGAGAGAGAGAGAAACAGAGCAGCAGCAGCAGCAGCAGCUUCCCCUGGCUCUCAUAGAGACUCCCCUGAGUACUCACCGAGCCACUAUGCUUUGCUUAUCUUGCGUUUCCAUCACCACCCCCAACGCAUCAGUUCGUGCCUCCCUCGCUGACAACCACUCCUUACCUUCAGUUCCCCAUGUCAAGGUCGACCCGAAGCCCUCAUCCCCAAGAAUCAGCAGAACCACCCCAGCUCCACCAGGAGGAAACAAGCAGAAGAAGACCCAGAAACAGCAGCCCGCCGUCAUCGAGAUUGAGCGAGCUAUCGGUGCCGGCAGGUUCAGUGACGCCGACCCCAGGGAGUUGGAGCAGGGGAAGUCUGUACUGGGUGGGGUGCUACCAACUGAUGGCUGGAAAGUGGAGAGCUCGUUGGAGAGGAAGCUCCGAGAGACCGGAGAGUGGAUUGUGGAUCGAUCCGAAAGACGCCCAGCAUCUGCAGGAAAGAGCAUCUUAAUAGUAGUGUUCCAGUGGGUUUUGCCUGCAUGGGUUCUUAUGCUUCUAGUUGCAUCCGGUGCCGUAAAGCUACCAUUCGGCGUUCCAUUUCUUGAUGACCUGAUUAUGUGAAUGUCACGCACAGAUUCAAUCCCAAAUGUCAAUGCUUAUUAGCCAGGGUGCACUAUGCAUUAUACUUCUCGACCAUUUGAUCAGGAAUCAGCUUACAGCAUGAGUAAACUGAAGAGUGUCUCGUGACAUGAGUAGCAUUUCGAAAGGCUCGAGUGCUUUGAUUGCUGAACCUGCUUUCCAAGAGCUCCCUCAUGACUCAAGAUACAUGGCCACUGAUUAUCAGAAGUUGGAUUAGAUGGUCGGGAAGGAUCUUGGAGGGAUUUCGUGUUGGCAUGGGAUUGCUCCUCCUUUUCCUACACGAUUUCCUUCGGUACUUGAUGUAAAAUGAACUGUGUAGCUUGCUCACUUAAAUACAUGCGAUGAAAGUUCCCUUCCUAUCCUAGAA